AUGUAAUACUUGGACAAUUAUCUUGAAUCCAAAGGAGGUUACGAUUAUACAAAUGUGAAAAGAAAUGAAUUAAUGAAAGCUUAAGGAUUUAAAGAAAUGCCAUUCACAAAAACAGGAACAACAAUUGUCGGUGUUUUAUUUGAUGGAGGAGUGGUGAUGGCUGCCGACACAAGAGCUACAGCAGGAUCUAUAGUUGCUGAUAAAAACUGUGAAAAAUUACACACUCUAGCUCCAAACAUCUGGGCUGCUGGAGCUGGUACAGCUGCUGAUUUACAUCAUCAAUGUGCGCAUUUUAAUGCCAAACUCAAACUCUAAAGACUAAAUCUAAAUAGAUAAAGUAGAGUGAAUGAAGUCAUCACUAAACUUACUUCUAAGCUCUUCCCUUAUAGAGGUCAUAUUGGAGUAGCUUUGAUUAUUGGAGGAAUAGAUUGCAAUGGACCUUAAUUAGCUUCAGUGUCUCCUCAUGGAAAUUAUGUUUAUCAUCCUUUCCAAUCUAUGGGAAGUGGAUCACUUGCUGCUUUGGGUAUAUUAGAAGCCAAGUUUUAGGAUGGACUUACAAAAUAGUAAGCUAUUGAUCUCGCUAUUGAAGCCAUCGAAGCUGGUAUUUUCCAUGAUAUGGGAUCUGGAAGUAAUGUCGAUGUUGUCGCCAUUACAAAGGAUGGUGUGGAUUAUAAAAGAAACAUUAGAUAAUACAAUGCAAAAUCAUAUUAAAGGCAAGUACCUUAUGAUUUCCCAAUCAACAACACACCUGCUCUUAAAAAAUAUUAGUUUGAUAUUGAAAAAUAAGAAUUAUCUGAAGUUGGAUAGGAAAUGGUAAUUAUAGAAUGA